AGCGACUCGUCGGUGGGGGACGUGCGGGGACGCUCUGGGCGUGCUGGUCGGUGGCUGUCGUGGUGGCGGCGGGGGCCUCGAGGGCGGCUCGAAGGGUCGGGGAUGUGUGGGACGGCGAGCUCGUCGAAGGCCAGGGUGAGGGAGAGAGAGGGAGCUAGGGGCUGAUUGGCGCGUCUAGCGAGCUCGGUCGGAAGACGCAUUCGAAGUCGGAGUGAGAUAUUUCGACCUCCCACACAGUCUCCACUCCCAGGUCCUCUCUCUUCUUCCCUCCCAUCUCCCUCUGCUACCCUUCCGCCGUCCGCUCAUCCUCCCCCAUCCCACGAUGCCUGCUGAACACCCCAUUCCCGCGAUACACGACUCGUCCCAGGCGGACCCCUCCCAGUCACAGGUCAAGCUUUGUCUCGCCUGUUGCUGUCCUCUUGCCGCCGAUACCGCCAGCGCCGCACCCUUCCUCCUCCACGACGACUCGGACACUCCAGUAGAAACAACUCUAGUAUGCGCUUCCUGUCGCUCUCGUCUGCCGCCACAGGCCCCUGUCCGCGAUGGGCUGUUUGCCGAAGGCGCAAGGGAGCUCUUGCGACGCGCCGCAUCAUUGCAGCCUGCAAGCAACGAGGCCGCCUCGCCUGCACCCCAUGAGUCCGUUCAAUCUCACCUCUCGAGUCUUCUCGUCGUCGAACCUUGUCCGCCGCCGGAGCUCAUAAUGGAAACCCCCAUCGCCCUGGCGCCGCGCGCUAUUGCCUCCCCGACGUAUGACGCCCAGAGCAACCACUCCUCCCCGGCCCACGCAUCCCGAUAUGACAAGUACCCGACAUCCCCCGCGCCCCCUCCGGCGUCGGCUCGUCCGACGCUGACCCCCAUCGACACCAGCCACGCAAGCUCGUCCCAAGCGCCGGUCGUUCAACGUGCUGACAAGUCAUCUGCGCCCCAUGCCUCUAGCAGCAGGCAGCGUACCCACGUCACCUCCUCUUCAGCCCCCGACCCGCUCUUGGAUAUCACGCGCCUUCGUGUUCGCUCGCAGGGACAUCACUGCCUCUAUCCUGGCGCCACUUUCCAGGGUACCCAGAAGAGCGGCAGGAAUAGCUACGACGUCAACGUGACCAUAGUGGACGUCGAUUUCGCAUCAUCCCAUCUGUGCGGGUACCUCCGCAUCCGCGGACUCACAGACGACUGGCCAGAGCUUACAACGUACUUUGACGCCGAGAUCAUUGGCAGUCGGUAUGGUUUCCUGACGCGCAACUGGGGCGCGACUGAGUCGGAGGACAUGGUUCACUGGGGGCGGUUCCCGGCGUUCCGACAUGUCAAGAACGAGCUUAACAAGCCGCAUUUGACGAUGAAAGACGCUCUCAACCGCGGGGCUGUGUUCAUGCGCUGGAAGGAGAAGUUCCUCGUCCCUGACCACCGUGUGCAGGACAUCAACGGUGCCAGUUUUGCAGGUUUCUACUACGUAUGCGUGGACUUCAACCCGCAACAGACGGGAUCUGUGCAUCUGCCGCCCCCGGCGGAUGACGCAGUAGACUUCGUGUCGUCCCCCACGACGACGCAGGCAGCACCGGCGACGAAGCCUGAGGCGGCCCCACGAUCGCGGCGCAUAUCCAUUAACCGCGGUUCCCGUCGUGCGGGCAGGUCUGCUUCACGCGGGUGUCCCUCUAAUGUGGCGACGAUGAGCGGGUUCUACUUCCACCAGAACUCCGAGCCUUACCAGCAGCUGUCCUUGGUCCACGUCCCGGAGCACACCAGCUCAUGCUUUGAAUUCCGAUGAGCUCAUGACCCGUUCGCCGGAUGUCCUCGAAAUUUGGCUUUGCCAAACGCUAUGAGGGGCGAAUGACGGCGUUCGACAGAUCGUACCGUCGUUCACCUCGGUAGCUACCUUACUCUAGUAUACUCGUUCUGCGACACGACCAUUCCCGGGCCCUGCUACCAUGGGCCACCCCAAUGUCUCCCCGUCCCCACUCGAAUAUCUCUGGACAUGCUCUCAGUUCAUCAUCAUAUUCCCCGAUGCCGCGCUAACGACACGUCCAUCAUACCACUUGCAUUUCCAUGACUUCUCGUGUACUAUCUUUACUCGUGGCUUAGGUAGUGGUCACAUACCUGUUGUACGACCCCGCAAUCGCAUCUCUCUUCGCAACUCG